AUGGCGCUUUCCACCCGAACCGCAUUGCGGGCGUUGAGAGCUUCGCAGCUCUCGCGACCAGCCCUCCGCGCCGCCUACUCCGCUUCCUCCGAGCCCGACCUCAAGACCACCCUCUCCAAGAUCGUCCCCGAGAAGCGCGAGCUGCUCAAGAAGGUCAAGGCGCACAGCGACAAAGUCAUUGGCGAGGUCAAGAUUGAGAAUACCCUAGGUGGGAUGCGUGGCCUGAAGGCCAUGGUCUGGGAGGGCUCCGUCCUCGACGCCAACGAGGGCAUUCGCUUCCACGGCCGCACCAUUGCCGACUGCCAACAGGAGCUGCCCAAGGGCAAGACCGGGACGGAGAUGCUGCCCGAGGCCAUGUUCUGGCUGCUCUUGACUGGCCAGGUGCCCACCACCAACCAAGUUCGCGCCUUCUCCCGCGAGCUGGCCGAGAAGGCGCAGCUGCCGGCCUUUGUCGACAAGAUGCUCAACGACUUCCCUAAGGACCUCCACCCCAUGACCCAGUUUGCAUGCGCCGUCAGCGCUCUCAACCACGAGAGCAUCUUCGCCAAGGCCUACGAAAAGGGUAUCAACAAGGCGGAGUACUGGGAGCCGACGUUUGACGACUGCAUCAACCUCCUCGCCAAGCUGCCCACCAUCGCCGCUAAGAUCUACCAAAACACCUACAACGGCGGCGGCGCUCUGCCUCACGAGGUGGACUUGGAGCACGACUGGUCGUACAACUUUGCUGCCAUGCUUGGCAAGCCGGGCGAGGAGAACGCCAACUUCCAGGACCUGCUGCGCCUCUACCUCGCCCUGCACGGCGACCACGAGGGCGGCAAUGUAUCCGCCCAUGCCACCCAUCUCGUUGGCAGCGCCCUCUCCGACCCCUACCUCUCCUACUCCGCCGGUCUGCAGGGUCUCGCCGGCCCACUGCACGGCCUCGCGGCGCAGGAAGUCCUGCGUUUCAUCCUCCAAAUGCAGGAAACUGUCGGCGAGAAGUUUGGUGAGAAAGACGUCAAGGACUACCUGUGGUCCAUCCUGAAGUCUGGUCGUGUCGUGCCCGGUUAUGGCCACGCGGUGCUGCGCAAGCCCGACCCGCGCUUCGAGGCAUUGAUGAAGUUUGCCUCUAGCCGCAAGGAGAUUGCGGCCAACCCGCUCUUCCAGCUCGUCAAGAGCAACUCGGAGAUCGCGCCGGGGGUGCUGAAGGAGCACGGCAAGACCAAGAACCCCUAUCCCAACGUCGACUCCAGCUCCGGCGUGCUCUUCCACCACUACGGCUUCCACGAAACGCUGUACUACACCGUCACCUUUGGCGUGAGCAGAGGCCUGGGCCCGCUGGCGCAGCUGAUCUGGGAUCGCGCGCUGGGUCUGCCUAUUGAGCGACCCAAGAGCAUUGACUUGAAGGGCCUGUUGAAGGCGGCGGAGGCCUAG